UAUCAGCUGGGGCCAAUGAGAUGAACUCUCAUUAUUUGAGCACAUCCCGCAGCAAUCCUCAGUUUUACACGUUCUCGCAGCGCUUCGAGGCAGGCGCGAGCUGUGAUAGCUUCUGCAGCUUAGAUACGCAGUGGAAGGAGCGGGCACAGCAAGCAGCCUGGCUGGACUUCUGGCAACGUGAGGGGCACGAGUUUCUCGAGCAGAAGUGGCAUGAACAGCAUCCGGAAUACAAGCAGGAAAUUGAGUUAGCCACGCCCGAGGAGCGCACAGCCUGGCAAGAGCUGUGGGAGCAGCACGCCUGCGAUCAAAGCGCUCACUUCUGGCACAUUUUCAGCUGUGUCUUCGAGAAUUACCAAAGGGACCUGGCCAAUGGAUUGCAAGGCGUUGAGCAAACGUUAGACGACUUAAGUGAUAAUUUGUCGCAUUUAGAUAUUCAGCAAAGCGAGGACAGUGCAGUAAGUGCUGAAAGCGGCGGCGGGGACGAGCAAUAUCUUACCGCCAACGACGAACCCGAAUUACUGGACGAGGAGCAGCAGCUGCGGCUGCUCGGCCUGCCCACGUCGUUUGGUGUGCGAGUGGCCAGGAAGCGACGGAAACCAAGACAGCGGCCUGCCAGCGAAUCUGAGAGUGAUAACGAUACAAAUUUGAUAAUCAUGCCUAAGGAUGAGGAUAACGACGAGCCGCUGCAUGGCGUACAAUCGCGCGUGAUUAAGAAAAAGAAAAAGAAGAAGCCACAGAAGAACUCGAAAAUCCCAGAGUUUAUGCGGGAUGACAUUUUGUUGCGUAAAUACUGGUUCAGGCGCUUUUCGCUGUUUUCUCGCUUUGAUCAGGGCAUACUGUUGGAUCGGGAGAGCUGGUUCUCCGUCACACCCGAGAAGAUUGCCAAGCAGACGGCGCGGCGUCUGGCCGGCGAUGUGAUUGUGGAUGCCUUUUGCGGCUGCGGCGGCAAUGCCAUACAAUUCGCCAACACCUGCAGCCGCGUAAUUGCCAUCGACAUUGAUGCAAACAAAUUGGCCAUGGCAAAGCAGAAUGCUUUGAUAUACGGCGUGGCGCACAAAAUUGAGUUUGUGCACGCGGACUUUUUGCAGUUUGCCAGCAGCACACGGCUGCGGCCCGACGUUGUGUUCCUCAGUCCGCCCUGGGGCGGGCCCGAUUAUCUGAAACAAGCCACAUUCGAUAUUGAACAGCAUCUGCUGCCGCUGGGCGCCAGCCAGUUGAUGCAGCACGCACGACGUCUAACUGAGAAUAUUGGCUUCUUUUUGCCACGCAACUCGAACAUACAACAGGUGAUCGCACUCUCGCACCUAGGUGAACAGUGCGAGGUGGAGCACAAUUAUCUGGACACGCGUCUGGUGGCGAUAACAGCCUACUACGGCGGGAGCCUAGUGAAGAGUUCACGGGCUGAGCACCAUGAGGACUAAUUUUAAGCAUCAACUUGGAGUUGAUUAAUUAACACUUAAAUUCAGUAUGAUGUUACUUAUUUACUUUUAAAUGCUACUUGCGGACUCUGAAAGUCUUUCACUUGUUAUUAUUAUUUUUAUUUAAUUUUAAGUUAGUUUAGUUUAAUUAUGGAAUUGUAGCUUUAUGUAAGCCAAUUUAUAGCUAGUUAUAUGCAUGUAUUGUCAUAAUGUUUGUUGCAUUUGCAACGAGCUUAAGUCCAACUGUAACCGCAUUGAUAACAACUUGACUAAUGAACAAAGUCCGUUCCCUUUUUGCCAAAUCCCGCCGUAUUUGUGAUGCACGCCCGAACAGUAGUUGCCAAGGCACCGGGCAAAGCGCAAGCAUUCUAUCCAAUUUAGACAGCUUAAAAUGUUGUUGUCCUGUGCGCAGCCAGUUUGCGUCCCAAUGCGGUAAAGUUGGCACUGACCAAUGGUCAUAACCGUAACGUGCCUCUCAUCCUGCGUCGCAUUGCGACUUUUAAUUAAAACGCAAACGGAACAAAACGAGCGUCAAUUAUUAAGAACUUUGUAAAAAGAACUCUAAGCCUGGCAACCGGGCGGGGCAAUUAACAUGUUCAUGUCACAAAAGUUGCCCAUAAAUUCCGGCGUAGACUAGAUAACAAACGCCAGCAACCCCUUUCGUUGUUAACAACAUACUUACAACCUCGUUCUCGUCCUGUCCGUGGGAAGCAUGGGAAGGGUGGGGAGAGGGUUUCGGGUGUAAUUGCGGAAUUUAUGGCGCUGGCAUCCAUUUGGUCGCUGCAGUUGCUCUUGCCGGAUUUCGGCAUUUCUGCUGUCAGUCUAAUUAGUUUGACAAACAUAUUAGCGGACAAUUAUCAGGCGGAAGAUGGAGCUCUUGAAAUUUUAAGUGCACGCUUUCCUGCGCUGAUUUUAUUGACUAAGGCAAAUAGCUUGAAUAAACAUUUGGAUUAAUUGAA